ACUUCUUCAAGGUCGUUAAGAGCCUAAACAAAAUCAUGACUGCGUAGGAGUUUUCGAUUGCCUUUAAGUUCGAGUGCUUAAGACAAAGUCGAAAGAUGUAUUUUAACUGUCGUUUUUUAUCUCAUAUAUUUUUAACUAUUAUCUGCAAUGGGAAACAGUGUAAUUGAGGCCAAUUAAAAAUGGUAUACAACAAUAUAUUAUGAGUAUUCAGUUUAUAGUGAGCACUCCAUGUGACCCUGAUUAAGACAUUUUACUUGGGCUUCGCCAUUCACUUUUCGAUGCAACCUUUUGUGAAUCACGCAUCAAAGAGCGAACACAGUUUAGGUUACUGGUCAACCCUAUCAGUAACGCUCUUCUGAGCGAUGUAAUUUCAGCCUCUUCUGUAGAAAUUUUCAGGAUAAGGCUUAACAACCAUGUCAACACCUGAGGUUAACAUUUAUUGCCUUGAAUGGCUGUUACCUACAUGCUUUGAUGGUGACCGAGGCUUUUUCGCAUACUAGUCUUGCCGCAUGUCUCGCGAUUUAUCUAUUAUUAUUAGUAUCUUUCUACAUCUUCCUUUAUUGUUUAUCACCUCCGUUCGGUUUCCAUUUGUUUCUACAUGUAGUUGUUUAUUUUUUUCACAAUCAGUCAAUAAAUUUAUUUCAAACUUGUGUACUACAUCUAAUAGUAUUCUACUUUUAAGGUACUUCAUAAUACAACUCACCAGUUGGCUUCUCUAUAAAAGGGUAUUUCCUGGUUCCACCAAACUCAAUGCCAUUGAACAGAUACAUUUAUUUAUAAUGGGGAUAUACUAGCCUUCAAAUAAGUCUAAUUUAAUGGGAUUAGUGCAGGUGAUUGACUAGACUACCUACAUUGGUCGAUACUCGAAACCAAGAAUAUUACCUUGGCACUGAAAAGCAAACGCUAGUAAAAUAAAAGACCUACAUUAACUUCUCACGAAAAUAUUACAUACUAGAACAAGAGAAAUUCGAGCUAUAGUCGAAGUUCUAGCACUUGUGCGUACACUUUGUUGAUGACUACUCCGAUAAAUAAAAGAGAAUCUCAGGUAAAAUGAGGUAAUUUUAUAUAUAUUGAGCAGAUGAGUAUAUAUCUACUAUGCCUUGAGUAAUAGCACUUUGAUUCUUGCAUCUAUGACUGAGGAAUUUUCCGAGUGAGAGGGACUUAUGAAACUCCUCAUUGUCUUUAAGUCUAUCAUUUUGGCUAGCCAGAAACCUCUGUUCCAACUUAGUGGGCCACAUGUGGAUGUAAGCAACACUAACAAAGAUUUAUCAGGAUAAAGCAUGCGGGCAAAUAACUUUGCUGCUGUUCCAUGUUCACUCAAGAUAGUGGAAAAUGUAAAGACGCACAAAUUUGAAUACUCUAACUUCGAUGCUUCUGUGUAAAGGAAUUGAUGACUUUAUUUUACCAGAUGUCUAACUCAAUGGUGUAUUUCAGAAAUUACUUUAAAAAUCAGUGUAUUUAGUAUUAAAUCAUGUGUAAUAUGAGGGUAAUUGAUCAAUUAAAUCAAUCAAAUUAGUGCCUAACGCCUCAAGAGAAUUAUUGCUUGUGAAACGUUUCUAAUAUGUAACUACUUAAGAUCAUACCCCAAUGUAUACAAACAUAAUUUUUAAUGCACUGUCAAGAAUAAAAACAACAUGAGUCCUAGUGUAGUCACGAAAAAACUUCAUUUUAUAUUCUUUCUUUAGACUAGUGUUUUCCACAAUAUUCAAUUUGAGUUAUAAAUAAACCUUAUUGAGAGGCUUUUUCCGAUAAUUAACAACAACGUGAUAGUUACUUGUUUAUAAUUGUCCAAUGACUUCAAAAAUGUUUGUUGAAUCAUACGGUGAUGAAGUUUCUCGUGUAUUUACAUUGGAGAAAAGUCAAAGUCGAUCAAUUAGCUCAUUAUUUGAUCUACACUUAUCAUGGGUGACUUUUAAGAAGUUUUUUCUUCCUGUUGGAUAUCCAUCUAGUGUUAGCAAUGAUUAUUUAGAAUAUCAAAUUUGGGACACUAUACAGGCAUUUGCCAGCAGUAUCACUGGUGCUCUUGCAUCACAAGCAGUUUUAAUCGGUGUAGGUGUUGGGAACUCAUCAGCUACUAUAUUAAGUGCUAGUUUAACGUGGAUGUUUAAAGAUGGUUCAGGUAUGAUUGGAAGAAUUAUAUUUGCUGGUUAUCAUGGAAUUAAAUUAGACUGUGAUUGCAAAUUUUGGAGAUUUGUUGCUGAUAUCUUAAACGAUUGUGCUUUAUUCCUUGAACUAAUUUCUCCACUAUUCAAUCAUAUGUUCAUACCGUUACUUUGUCUUGCUAAUGUACUUAAGUCUUUAGUUGGUGUCGCUGGUAGUGCAACACGUGCAGCUAUUGUUCAACAUCAAGCGAUCAAUAAUAAUUUAGCUGAUGUAUCAGCUAAAGAUGGUAGUCAGGAAACCUUAUCUAAUUUGUUGGCAUGGUUACUUAAUUUUAUUUUGUUAUAUAUGGUGACCGGUAAUCAAUUCUGUAUUUGGUUCUGUUUUAUUUGUUGUACUAUUGUACAUUUAUAUUCCAAUUAUCGUGCUGUAAAAUGUUUAAAAUUACGAACAUUCAAUCGUACACGUUUUCAUUUAGCUAUACAACAAUGGUUUGAACAACAAUUUUGUCAUGUUUUAAUGUCAAAUAAUAACAGUAAUAAUGAUAUGAAUAAAAUACCUGAAUAUCUUCUAAUGAAUAAAUCAUUUCCACAUGUUAUAUGGGUUAAUGAAUGUGAACCUAUCUUAUAUAAAACUGAUCAACCUACAAUUAUAAUGGGUUGUUCAUUGUAUAAAUUACCUAUUGAAGGACAGAAAUUGUUACCCAAUUUGAUACGAUUAUGUGAGAAAAACAAUUACAUUUUGUAUUGUUCAAAUUGGGAAUGUAUUCAACAAGGCAACUCAAUUAAUCCAUUGACAAUGUAUAUCGUUCUAUUUUCUGAAUCGAAACCUUUGGAUCAGCUCAAAGCUAUGCUGCAUGUAGAAUUGAUAACAUUCAUAGUAAAGUAUCCCUUGAAAACAAUAUUACCUCAUAAAAUAUUGAAAGAAAUAUUAGAAGCAAAAAAUUAUUAUGAAUUUUUACAAUCUACUAUAAAUCUUGUCAAUCAAUUAUGGAAUUCAUUCAUGAAUUCAUUACAAUCAAAUCAUGAUUGGAAUUUAGAUUCAUUUCAAUUUGCAUCAGAUGUAUGGAGAUUAAAACGAAAUGAAUAGUUCAACUAUUGUAAUCUGUAUAUUAUCUAAUUGAUGUUUCUUAUUUGUAAUAAAUGUUUUGAUAUGAA